AUGGCGUCUCAGAAGGCUGCAUCUCUGCCACGUACCUCUGGACGACCGUUUCUCGGAGCAUCUUCGUUCAGUGUGCCGCUCUUUGGAGGAUCUGGAGCUGGACCAUUGCGCCUAUUCUUCACUGACAUUGCAUGCCCCAAAUUGAAGACCUUGGUGAUCAAUGGUGGCUCCAAUAGAUACCGCAACCCACCGCUGGCUAUCUCGGCCCCCAUGGUUGGCUAUCUACGCCUAGAUGUGGAUGCUGACCGCUUCCGUGGGGGUAUUUCGAUAACCAAGACGAUGCCAUCCCUUGACAGGGCCUCGAUUCAUUUACGCUGCAACAAAUACUGUUUAUCCAAGCUUCGAAGUAGAUUUGAUGGGGAUCAAUCCGAGCUUCUUUGUAGUGUGUCUAACGCGACAAGUUUGGAGCUGUCAGGUGUUGGGACGACGGUGCUCGGUGAGGAACCCAAAUUCCUGGAAUUCCAGAACCUGAGGAACUUGCUGUUGGGCGUCUGUGAUCUCAGCGAUGACUUCCGUGUAUUGCGGCUCUUUCAUUGGGGUUCGCCUAAUCUUGAGAAGGUCACUUUGCGGCACUGCAAGUUCCCAGGUGAUUAUGAUUCUGAGGACAAUGAACGCGGAACGCGCAAACUCGACAAGACCUCAUCUUCUGAUUGUUGUGGCCUGGACUUCCUACGUGAUGAGAACGUCGAGCUUGAAAUCAUACAUAAAAAUGACAACGAUGCCUGCCGAUUUGCUGACGAGCUUGUGCUCGACCUACCACCAAAUCCCAAAGGUGCCACUGAUGCUGUUCCUGAAGCUGCUACUGCUGCUACUGAAGAUUCGAUGCCUCAUUCAACUGGAGUUGGGCCUCGUCGGGGAACUCGGCGCAAGACGACCAGCACGCGCAUCUCGGGACCUGAAUGGGAACGAGCCAUGUAA